AUGGAGGAACCAAGUUAUGGUAAUACAGCUAGCAAUGUAGGGAUGAAAUUGUCAACAGAUGACAUUUUGAGAAUUGCAGGAACAAAAUUUAUUCGAUGUUUUGAUUCCCAGCAUGCUGCUGACAAUGCUCCUUCCAUGAUGCUCAGGCACCCUUUUGAAUCAUCUUUUUAUGGUCUUUCCAUAGAAGAAACUAAAAACGUUGAGCUUGUGGAGUUGCUUCUUUCUUGUGCUGCGAGAGUAGACUGUAAAAAGUUUGAACUUGGGAGCAAAUUGCUCGGCCAAUGUGAGCUGUUAUGUUCUGCAACAGGGAAUCCAGUUCAAAGAGUGGUUUACUAUUUAUGUCAAGCUCUUAGAGAAAGGAUUGACAAAGAAACCGGACGACUUAUAGUGUUAAGUUUGAAGACUGUUCAGCUGACCGUUGAGCGGUUUGAUAUUGAUAAGGCGCUCAUGACUCUAAAUCCCUCUCUCCAUGCCUAUCACCAGAAUAUUCCGUUCUGUCAGCUGGCUAUUUUUGCAGGAAUCCAAGCCAUUAUUGAGAAUGUCAGGAAAGCGAAGAAGGUUCACAUAAUUGAUCUAGGAAUAAGGAGCGGUUCACACUGGACUGUCCUAAUGCAAGCUCUUGCUUCUUCUUGUCAUGAAUCUCAACUCGAGCUUCUCAAGAUUACUGCUGUGGGAACUUCUGCAAGAUCUGCAAUUGAGGAAACAGGAGAGAGGUUGUUGAGUUUCGCCAAGACAAUGAAUAUACCUUUGUCUUUUAAGAUAGUGAUGGUACCAGACAUGUCCCAUCUUAAAGAAGACCUUUUCGAGCUAGAUUGUAAUGAAACAGUAGCUGUCUACUCUUCAUAUUCACUUAGGAUCUUUCUUUCAGAGCCAGAUCAAUUGGAGCAUUUAAUGAAAGUGGUAAGGAACUUAAAUCCAUGUGUGAUGGUUUUAAUUGAAAUGGAAGGUAACCAUAACUCGCCAGUUUUUGUUAACCGAUUUGUUGAAGCCCUUUUCUUCUAUGGCACAAUGUUUGAUUGCUUUGAAACUUGUAUGGAAAGGAAUGAUCCUAAUCGAAUGCUGUUUGAAGCAACUUAUUGUUUUGAGGCUAUCAGAAACAUUGUGGCCACUGAGGGAGAGGAGAGGAAGAUAAGAAUUGUAAAGAUUGAUGUAUGGAGAGCUUUCUUUGCCAGGUUUGGAAUGGAAGAACUCGAGUUGAGUCCUUCGUCUAUAUACCAAGCUAAUCUCAUUGCUGACAGAUUCCCAAGUGGGACUCACUGUAAUCUUGAAAUUAAUGGAAAAUGUCUAAUGAUGGGUUGGAAAGGUACACCAGUUCAAUCUCUUUCUGUUUGGAGAUUCCAUCGAUGUAACAAUAUAAACUAG